UGCACCUGACAUGGAUAAGCCAAUCGUACGAACGUAAACAACUGUGCGCUUCGAAUUGAGAGUCGGCGCGCAAAGUGUGCCGGUGCAAUUGUUAUUUUAUUGUAUUAUUUAAAAAUUUAUGAGUGAAAUUGUUUAAACAAUGAAUACACAGGUAUUUGUUUUGGAUAACGGUGCCUACACGGCCAAAGCUGGACUUGCCACUGCAACUCCGACAGUUGUACCAAAUUGCAUUAUGAAAGCCAAAAGUGAACGGCGUCGACCUUUUAUUGGAAAUCAAAUUGAAGAAUGUCGAGAUUUAGCUGCCCUUUACUUCAUGCUACCCUUCCAAAAGGGUUACAUAGUCAAUUGGGACAUCCAAAAAACUGUCUGGGAUUACAUUUUUUCUAAAGAGUGUUGCCCAAUUAAUCUGAGUCAAACCUCCAUCACCAUCACUGAGCCACCUUUUAAUUUUUCUUCCAUACAAGAGGCAAUGGUUGAGAUAUUUUUUGAAGAUUUUGAAGUGGCUAGUUUACUGAGGAUAAAUCCUUCAACAUUAUCUUGCUAUCACUACAGACACGAGAAUCCUACAGCUAAAUGCUGUAUUGUAAUAGAUGUUGGUUACAGUUUUACCCAUAUAGUACCUUAUGUAAAUGAUAUGAAAAUAAAGGCUGGUAUAAGACGAAUAGAUGUUGGUGGAAAGCUACUGACAAAUCACUUGAAAGAAAUAUUAUCUUAUAGACAAUUACAUGUGAUGGAUGAAACUUACGUUGUUAAUCAAGUAAAAGAAGAUUCUUGCUUUGUAUCUCAAGAUUUUUAUAAUGACAUGGAAAUCGCUAAAAAGAAAAUUUCGGAAAAUUCAAUUGUCAAAGAUUAUGUACUACCUGAUUUUACAAAUAUAAGGAGAGGAUAUCUUACUGAUCCUGGAACUGACACAGAUUCUCAGGUUUUACGCAUGAAUAAUGAAAGAUUCUCAAUUCCUGAAAUUUUAUUUCAUCCAUCUGAUGUUGGAAUUAAACAAAUGGGUAUACCAGAGGCUGUAAUGGAUUCUAUAAAAGUUUGUGAAGAAGAAACUUGGCCUCACUUAUUAGCUAAUAUUGUUCUAACUGGUGGUUGCGCUAAAUUUCCUGGUUUUCGUGAACGUCUUCUCAAAGAUGUUAGAAGCUUAGCUCCAGAAGAAUAUAAAAUAAAUAUUCAUCUGCCAGAAAACCCUAUUACAUAUGCUUGGGAAGGUGGAAGCCUAUUAGCAAAUGAUUCUAAUUAUUCUUCCUUGGUUGUUAAAAAAGAAGAAUAUGAAGAAGAAGGCCAAGCAGUGUGUUAUGAUAAGUUUGAUACAUAAAUUGCAUCAAAUUUAUUAAAAAAUAAUUAAGUUUAGACUUGUAUAUAUCAACAUAUUUAUAA